UCCGUACCCACGUGUAGCUGCCGCGUGCGCGCGCAUGUAUUCGCGUUUAUCCCCUCUUCCCCUGCCCACCGCAAUCCUUUUCUAGGACGAGGUACCGAAAACUCUACCAUCUCGAACAAGGUACUGAAACCCUUAGAGGCGGGGGUCGGAUCCUGAAGCGAUGACAAAGCGCCGCUGCCGGCCGGCGCCCCGCGGCUCCGGCGGAAAAUCGCCGAAGGGCCUCUCCCAGGAUGGCACGAGCGCGCAGCCCCGCCGGGAUGCCGAGCUGAGGAAGCAGCGGCAAGAGGAGCUUCGCGAGAAGCAGCGCGCGGCCCGUGAGCAAGAGAAAGUCCGGCGGCGCAGCCUGGAGAGCCUGCAGCGCGAGGCACUGCGGCGGCAGCGCGAGCACGAGCAGCGCGAGCACGACCUCCGCGCCUUAGAGCAGCAGCAGUAUCUGCAGCUGGAGCGCGAGGCCUCCCGCAAGGCCUAUUACCGCGAGUUUAAGAAGGUAGUGGAUGCGGCCGACGUGGUGCUGGAGGUGCUGGACGCCCGCGAUCCCCAGAGCUGUCGCUGCCCGCAGGUAGAGCAGGCCGUCCUGCAGGCGCGUGGCAGCAAGAAGCUGGUGCUCGUGCUCAACAAGAUCGACCUGGUGCCCCGGCAGCUGGUGGAGAAGUGGCUGGCCUACCUGCGCAACGAAUUCCCCACGGUGGCCUUCAAGGCGUGCACGCAGCAGCAGCAGCGCCACCUGCAACAGAGCCGGGUCCCCGCCCGGCAGGCCUCGGCCGGGCUGCUGAGCAGCGGCGCCUGUGUGGGCGCUGACUGCCUGCUCAAGGUUCUGGGUAAUUACUGCCGCAGCCAGGACCUGCGCACGGCCAUCCGAGUGGGCGUCGUGGGCUUCCCCAAUGUGGGCAAGAGCAGCCUCAUCAACAGUCUCAAGAGGGCGCGGGCCUGCAGCGUGGGUGCCACCCCCGGGGUCACCCGGUGCCUGCAGGAGGUCCACUUGGACAAGUAUGUCACGCUGCUGGACUGCCCGGGGCUCGUGCUGUCCGCCCCCAGCUCGGACAGCGCGCUCGUGCUGCGCAAUUGCAUCAAAGUAGAGCAGCUGGCGGACCCUGUGACCCCCGUAGAGGCCAUUCUGCGCCGCUGCAGCCACGAUCGCCUCUCACGCCACUAUGGCGUGGCCGACUUUACGACCCCCACCGAGUUCCUGGCACUCCUGGCGCAGAGGCUGGGCCGGCUGAAGAAGGGAGGGACCCCUGACCGCGAGAGCGCGGCCAGGGCCGUGCUGACCGACUGGAUGAACGGCAGGAUCAGCUACUACACACACCCGCCGGAAACGCACCAGCUCCCCUCGCACAUCAGCGCCGAGAUCGUGUCCGAGAUGGGCAAAGCCUUUGACUUCGAGGCUCUGGAGCAGGGCAAUAUGGAAGCCUUGGCCAGCAUGCCCUCGCAGUCCAACGACCUUGGCCAAAAGCCUUUGGACCCUCCCAGUGAAAGGGAAGAAGAGAUGCAGGAGGAGGAGGAGGAGGAGUUCUGGGAUGCCAAAGAAGAUCUGGAAUCUGGCAUGGAUGAAGACAAAGAUCCCGAGUUUGGGGCCAUCACUGUGGAGCCCAAGGACGGCAAGAGCAAGAAGCCUGCGGAGACUGGGCCGAAACCACCCCCCACCCCCCGACUGGAGGAAAUCUGGGCCCUGGAUCCUCUCCAUCAGGGCCAGGGCCUGGCCGCAGCCUGCAAGAAGAGGAAGAAGAUGCAGAAGAGAGCAAAUAAGCUUGCCACCAAGCUGUCUGACAGCUUCGUGGCGGCCUUGGACCUAAGCAUGACAGACGCCUGAAGCAGGCCUCGGCACCCAGCCCCGGGACAAAAGGGAGAAGCCCCUUCAGCGAAAAUGACACUUUGGGUGUCCGAAGUGCUUACUCCCCAGGGACAGCCCUUGUCCCCUAGCCGGUGCUUGCCCCAGAAGAGUGGUCCACGAAGGGCAGGCUGAUUUAAAAAGAAAUCGGAGCCAAGAGUUCAGGGAGGUCCUGAUAUGUGAGGGGGAUUCAUCUCGGCUUUGGGAUAUGGGGUCUGAUCCAGGCCUCUGUGGGAAAAACCACCACCACCACUAAUGAGUGAGCAUUGGGGAGAAAAUCUACAGGUAACCAUGCAGGGAAGUAGAGGGAAUGUUUCCAAGAGCAGCUGCAAGGUGCAAUGAGGUGUGUAGGUCUCAUUAAAUGAUUGGCUCCAGUUUUCUGUGCUUGUGUUUACUAGAAAGUGAAGCAUCAUUUUACUACAAGUUGGGCCCAGGGGUUGGGGGAACCUUGAAUGUUAUAUAAAAUACAGCUACUAAAAACAUUAGCAAAA